AUGCGUUCAAAAUCUUCCCACCAGAAAAUCAAGAACAAUGAAGAAUUUGAGAUACUGUGCAGAACUAAAAACUUUGAUGCAUACAUUCGUGUUCACCCUCCAGUUGUAAAUGAAGCUGCACACUCUGAAAUCUCUCCUGGUACAAUUUCACCACCACCACAAUAUUCGGAAAUAUACAGGAAACGCCUCAAUACAUGCAUUAGAAAAAUGUUUGAGGAACUAGAACAACACGGAGUAGAUGGAGUAGCCGCGAAUCUCGAAAGGCUUAAUAAGCUGAGCUCCGUUGAGGGGAUUGACGAGAACAAACUAAGGAAUUUGCAUAAAAAGAAGAGAGCUAAAACUAAUGGUAAAGUAAAGCGUGUUUUACAUGGUAUCAAUUACUCGCUAGUGAUUCGCAACUGUGAAAACUGGAUUGAGCUUAAGUGCAUUAAAAUCGAACACAUUUUACGUGAAGAUGUAUCGAAGCUUAUAGAAAUUAUAUCUGCAUAUAUCGGUUACAAGAAUUUUUAUUUCGAAGGAAUAAAAGAGAGUUUGGAAAAAGGUGUCAGCAUAGAGGUGUUGGAGAAACUCCAUCGAGAAAAGAUAACUGAAGCUUCAGAAAAAUUUGAGGAGAGCCUAAAAAACAUUGCUGUUAUAUCACCAAAGAAGUGGAUUGAAGAUUUUGAAGAGAGCAUUGAAUGUUUUUUUAAGUUGUUUUAUGAGUAUUGCAAACAAAAUGCUGUUGCAAGCGGCUCCAAAUUAAUCUUUUCUGACCAAAAGUGCCUCCAGCCGUUGGUUGAUGACCCCAGCCUGCGUCCCACAAUAACGUCUGGGGAAGCCGAACAGAUAUCAAAAGCAAUAGGAAAGGCUGUGCCAUAUACGAUACUUACUGCAAGGUUUAUUAAUGCUGCAUAUAAUGACAUUAAAAAUGGCACGACUAGGAACAUGGUUACGAUCGCUGCGUCUGUUGCUACUGGUUUAUUUACAAGGUCCUUUUCGGAAGCUGCAGGAGUUACAAUUGGUUCAACAAUCCUCCCAGGGCCUGGAUCGAUCAUAGGAUCUGCAGUAGGUGCAGCUGUCGGACAGUGUUUUAGCUUGUGGAUAACUAAAACAGUCCUUGAUAAAGCUUUUGACAAGCUUGGAUACAAUAUUGACACUGUGAAGUGCGAGAACUGUGGCAGAUCCUAUAAACGUUCCACCUGUACCAAAGGGAGGGCAUGUUUAUGUGAGUGCUGUAUAGAGGAACGGGAAAAGCAAAAGAGGUUUUACUGUGUUAAUUUGCAGUCUCCAGUUUAA